UCGUCAAUAUAGCCGCCAUGAGGCUCUGGAGACCGAAACUGUUGUUAGGUUUGGUCGGCAGCAGAGGAGUACUGAGAAGUAUGUUUCCAUGUUUCACGCAGUGCGCACAGGUGGGAGACUGGCAGAGUGCCAAAUCCAUCUACGAGUUCUCUGCCAAGGACAUUGAUGGCGAGGUGGUGUCUCUGGAUAAAUAUCGAGGCUACGUGUGCAUCAUUGUAAAUGUAGCCUCUAAAUGAGGAAAGACCAAGGUAAACUACACUCAGCUAGUGGAUAUGUACGCCCGCUACGCUGAGAAAGGUUUACGCAUCUUGGGCUUCCCAUGCAACCAGUUUGGAGGACAGGAGCCAGGGACCGAUGCAGAGAUUAAAGAGUUCGCCAAAGGUUACAACGUUGAGUUUGACCUCUUCAGUAAGAUUGAUGUGAAUGGAGACGACGCUCAUCCUCUGUGGAAGUGGAUGAAGGCACAGCCCAAAGGCAAGGGAACCUUCGGAAAUAACAUCAAAUGGAACUUCACAAAGUUUCUGAUAGAUAAAGACGGACAUGUGGCGAAGAGAUACGGGCCAAAUGAGGAUCCCUCUGCGGUGGAGAAGGACCUGCCCUCAUACCUGCCUCCAUAGCUGCAAUACUACUGUCUCCUGUGUGUUUGUGUGACCCCUGACCUCUCACAUGGACCUCAUGGUGUUUGUGUGUGUGUCUGGACCAGUGACGGCCUGUCUGUAAACCCAUCUUUGGGGGGGGCAGGCCUGAUGACCCUCAGCGUGCAACUAACCCCCAGAACACACACAUGCCAGACCCUGAGACCAUAUGAGAGGACAUUUGUUAGUUAUACACAGUAUUGUCCUUCACAUCUUACUCCAACCUCAGCCAUUCCUCUUUCCAGUACAAAUACCUUCUAGUCCUUUCUGAAAGUUAAGUGACAAGUUAGUUGUCAUGUCUCUGUGUCAGUUUUAUGUACGGACAUGAGAUGCCAUAUAUUUAACAGAUUUCUGAAAAGCUACUGAUAUUAUUUGCAGUUAACUUGACGAAGGGUCCAUUAUUGUAUCUGUAACUCAUGGAUGCCAUGUGAUCAAAUUGGAAAGUAAAUGCUGUCUAGGACUUUUGUCAAUUUACAUGUACUGAAUAAAAAAUACGAGCUAUAAUCA